AUGUUCCAUACGAGUGUUCCAUUAGUCGAAGAAGACGAAUUCACAGUAUAUCGGAUGGAGUCAAUUCCACAAAUAACGAGAGAAGGCCUGGUGAUAACCAAGACGGAAACAAAAUAUCUAGCAGUCGAUGAUCAUCGGAAACACCACUUUGCGAUCAAUCAAGAACACCUCAGUCAGUGUAUCAGCGGGACGAACGGAAAUAAGGUAUGCGAGUUUAAGCAAACACUAUUGGGCCCGGAAAUCAUCAUCGACGGCGUAGGCAAGCUGACAAUCAGGCAAGAUUGUGUGAUCCAAAGCCCGACCAUUACAUUGUUGGGGCGGGCGCAGUUUAACUCAUCAGGAACAAUAAGGAUGUCAGGAAGUUACGUUCACGAGUGGCCAUCACAUGAAAAAAUAAGGACAACAGAAGGACAGUUGGAAGCAACAUUAGAUCAGCUAGACCAACUACAUGCAGAGGUGCAGGGGCUAAAAACAUGGACAAAGCAAGCACAGGAAGAGGUGGACAACGAGGCAGACUGGAAUCUGGUUCAUCAAUAUUCCGGAGUAAUAAUGUCAGGAGUAGCAAUCCUCAUAGCCGCAUGGGCAGGGUACACGCGGUGUGCCCGGAAGGACACCUCAGCAACCCAUCACCGGAGGACGACAAGGAGAAUAACCCAAGGAGAAGAAUUCCAGCUGGUCGAACAACGACCCGGGCUGGCCAUGUUGGCAAGAGAUGGACACCACAAGAUAUUUGAAGUGUACGAUCCAGAGGCUCCACAGUAA